GGAGUUCAUCAUACUGGCAUUUCUCAAUGAAUGUGACAAUGUUGUGUCGGUCAGGGUCAAGAGCCCUGAUCUUUUCUAACAUCGCUAAUUCAUUUUGAAAGGUUUCUUCAAUGAAUUCUUCAUAGUAGGGGAUUUUUACUGCCACUUCCUUACCCGUGGUUAAUUCCACACAUUUGACGAAAUAUCUAUUAUAAUCCAAUCCUAUUUCGCCCGUCAUUAUGUAGCUGGUGGUUUCGCUUUGGAGUACACUGCAGUACGGAGAGAUGGAGGCUGCAGCUUCAUCAGUUGGGAUGUCAGCUGGAGGUCUGUCAUCACCAGGUUCACAGACAGCUGGUAAAGGAUUGGUGUUUGUAAUGUCCUCAGUGAAAGUAGCAGCAGUUCCUGACUCUUCUUCAGUGGGAGGAGCCUUGUCAGUUGCGGUUGAAGGUCCAGGUGCAUUGUCCUGAUUGGGUUUGUCAGUGUAUGAAUGCUUCUCUCUGGACAUGUCAGGGAGUGAAACUUCUUCCCUGGAUGUACCUUGGAGUACAUCCAUCGUUUUUACCAGCAUUGUUUCAGACACUUCCACCUUCUUCAUUCUUGUUGUUGUGUUCAACAGUUUUUGUUUACGAAAUACUUUUCAAAUGCUUCUGACUUCCAAACGCUAGUUGUGUUCCUCAACAGAUUGAGAUGACCUGGGUCAGACAUGCGCUCUUAUAUGUUUGAGAUGAAAGACAAAUGAAGUCAUCAUUUAUCUUUUGAUCCUUGGAUCUCUGUUUGGUGUCAUAAGACAAAAGAGGCUUUAUUGUCAUUUGAAGUGUACAGUGUAAAUUCUCAGAGACACCAGCAGCAAUAUAAAAACAAAAUUAUCGACAAGAAUAUAUACAAAACUAAAAGAAAAAAGUACACAAUCAUUGUACAUAAAAUAUUUUAAAUAAUAUUAUUGUCAAAUGCAGCACUAAGAUCUGGUCUGUCCCAAAAAAAUCCCUUUGCUGCAAAUUCAGGAUAACUACGGAGUCUCGCUCGAGGCUAACCGCAGGCUAGCUGGCUAAUGAGCGCUUUAGCGAGCUAAGCUAACGAGCCAGGCACCGAGCGCAGACACCGACACCCGCUAAUGACUGCAAACACGGAACAACACCAUCAUUUCACUUCCCGACACAACAGGAGCGCAAGCGUCCUGGACUUCUCUGUUGGGACGACUGACCCAGAGCAGGCGGGUGAUUCAUCCGGUAGUAGCUUGAAAUGUUCUUCGAAAGGCUCCGACAACACGGUCCAGAAGUCACGUUCACUGACCGGGGAUUAGCUCAGGUGACACCGAGCACUGCCAGCGGCUAGCUGCUACGGAGCGGCUAACAAGCAGCGGCUAGCUGCCACGGAGCGGCUAACAAGCAGCGGCUAGCCGCCACGGAGCGGCUAACAAGCAGCGGCUAGCCGCCACGGAGCGGCUAACAAACAGCGGCUAGCUGCAACCGAGCGGCUAACAAACAGCGGCUUCACCUGUCACUCAAGUAACCACGCCCAUAAUUAUGCAGAAUUUCAAACCGCAAUAUAGUAUAAAUGGGCGAGUUAUAAAAAAAUUCCCCCCCCCAUUAGCCAUUGGGACCAAAACCGUGUUUGCCCCUUGGGCAGGACAAAGGGAUCAACGAAUGUGAGUUCACAUGGACUUUUCCCCUUUAAAAUGUUUAUUUAGUGAGAUAUAUGGCACAUAUUGUUUGAAUGUUAACAUUGCUUUGUGUUUGAUUAUGCUAGAUGCCAGAGUUUAACAGAGAGAAUAUAGAGACAGUGUGCAAUGCUGUGGAUGCAUUUAUGAUGACUCCCCUGCAAGUGCGAGUAUGUCCGACGGCACGUGAAGGAACCAGCUGAGUUCGUCUGUUCGGUGCAGAUAAAGAGGAGAGAGAUGAACAAAGACACGCCCUCCGAGGGGAAACACUGGAGCAUAUGUUUCCUACUGUAUUUAUCUUUAAACGUGGCUUCUUUAUUAAUAUUUUAGUCUUUGGAGAUGAUGUCCAUAUACGUCAUCAAGGAAGUUGCCUGCUGGUUGCGAGGCUCACAUAGAUUUCUCCUCAUCAUCAUCUCAAGUCUUUAUAAAACGGCUUUAUUAUUAAGAUGUUUUAGUUUGUUUGUUUAUAUGUAUCAAUAUUCUCAACGCGUUUGAAUUUGUAUGUGGACUCGGACCUUCUUAUUGAUCAGGAAGUGAUGACAGACAUGAUGACAGCUCUCUUCAUGUUGUGCCCCCCCCCCGGUUCGGUCGAUAUCUGUAAUUUAUGUUCAUUUGAACUAAUUCACGUUGAUGAAUAUUAUUCUGUUAAUAUGCUGUGAUUGAAUAAUGAGAUUCUGAUCAGUUUGCCCUCACACAGAGAAGACUUGAGGAGAUGAGUUCACUUGUCGCGGCUACAGGUGCUCCUGGACGCGGUGCUGCGUUCAGGGAACAAGUAAGAUUCGCGUGUCACGGUAAAUGUCUUACUGUGAACCUCGUACUUUAUCAUGAUUUAAUGUGAAUGAAAACUGGUUGAUAACAGCAAAUGCGUGUUUAUGAAGCAUAUGACUCCUCUCGGGAGAAGGUUUUCUUCUUUUUUUUUUAAAACAAGUUUGAGAGUUUUAAGAGACGGAGCCGCUGAACGCCUCACAGACCCCGCCUCUGUGGUGGAGACUCCUGGGUGGAGUUGGUGGAGUUGAUCAAUCUGACCAGAAGUCAGAUCGACGGUCCUCCGAGGAGGUCUCUCUCUCUCUCUCUUUCUCUGUCUCUCUCCCCUGUGCCCAUUUCCCCCCCCGGACGCACUCGCAUCUCCUCUUGUCAGGAUGUCGCCGCCCGCGUCCCCCCGGGUCUUCACGGAGAGGGAGGUGGCCCGCCACCGCACCAAGGACUCCUGCUGGGUGCUGCUGGGGCGCCGGGUGUACGACGUGACCGCCUUCCUGCGCAUGCACCCGGGCGGCGAGGCGCUGAUCCUGCGCCGCUCGGGCCGGGACGUGCGCGCCGAGAUGGAGGGGCCCCCGCACCGGCACUCGGAGAACGCGCGCCGGUGGAUGGAGCAGUACUACAUCGGGGAGUUGGACGGGAGCACCGACGAGGCACAGGCUCUGAGAGACAGGAGGAAGGCCUCCGCUGAGCAGACGGGCGGAAAGAUGGCGGAGGAGGCGACGGACACCAAGGAGGAGGAGGAGGAGGAGGAGGACGACACACCGUACAACCGCUGCAGCUCUGUAGACCUGGACAAGGAUCUGGUGGACUGGAGGAAGCCGCUGGCGUGGCAGGUCGGCCACCUCGGGGAGAAGUACGACGCGUGGGUCCACCAGCCGGUCGACAGACCGAUCAGGCUGUUUGGGAACCCCCUGAUGGAGGCUGGCACCAAGACUUCCUGGUACUGGGUUCCGGUGGUGUGGCUCCCCAUUGUGCUUUAUUUCAGCUGGUACUGCUACACCACGCUGGCGAAGGGCACCACAAGGAUCGUCCUCGCUUCAGACGUCUCCAUCCCGAUCCACAAGUACAUGUUCCCCGUGCUCUUUCUGACGGGCUGGUUCUUGUGGUCGCUCGUCGAGUACUGCAUCCACCGCUUUGUGUUCCACAUGAAACCGCCCGCCCACAACUACUACCUCAUCACGCUGCACUUCCUGCUGCACGGACAGCACCACAAGUCUCCGUUCGACGGCUCGCGGCUGGUCUUCCCCCCCGGCCUGGCCUCCUUGGUGGUGGGCAGUUUCUACGCCAUCCUGCGCCACACGCUGCCGGAGAUCCUCGCCACGUCCGUGUUUGUCGGCGGGCUGUGCGGCUACGUCGUGUACGACAUGAUCCACUACUACCUCCACUACGGCUCGCCGAGGAGGGGCUCGUACAUGUACGGCCUGAAGGCCUACCACGUCAAACACCACUUUGAGCACCAGAGGGCGGGUUUCGGGAUCACCUCCACGUUCUGGGACCACCCCUUCAACACUGUCAUCCCCGAUGAGAAGUUCUGACAGCAGGACCGGGCUCUUCCGAAGGGGCCACAGGACUCGUGACCCACCUCCUCUAGUAACCAGCCCCUCGUCGUGCUUGAGCCACUGUUGGUUCACAGUGUCUGCAGCCAAAGAUUUCCACAAACCACGGAGGAAGAUCCACGUCCGACCACUCCUGGGCCACUGCCACUAAUCUCCACCCACGCUCACUGUAACACACAGCAGCUUUCCGGUGUCAGUCAUCGACACGUCACUUUUGCGCAAAUCGUUGCUCUGAACAUCCCCCCCCCCCCCCGCCCCCAAUGUUUUCCUGAGAUUUUUUUCCGCGUCUGACUCACAGUCACCUGCUGAGUUUCUUCACACGUGAACGGCGAACCCCAGAAGUCGUCCGGACCCCAACUCCUCUGGACAUUUUUUCAGAGUUCAUGUCUGAAAACAGCGUUUGAAUUUUUUUAAUUUUUUUCUAACACGAGCCGUUUCUGCUGAUUUUUCUAAACGUUUGCCAGCAGCAUAUCGCGAAUGGUAGACAGACGGCGACGGGAAGGGAAGUGAUGGGUGGUGGGUGAAUGUGGACGACGGACAGAAGAAAGGGGAUUAAUAAAGAGCGACAGAAGGUGGAUGUUAAGAAUUUGAGUGCGGGAGAGAGAGAAUCCCUCGACUUCAUCAACUAACCCGGGAAAAGAAUCGGUUCAACUCAGUGAUCGUCAGCAAAGCUGCAGAACGGAGAUCAUACUGAAAGUGCAUUCAUGCGAUUGUGCCGUGAGCGUUCGAAACCACCGUGGAGAUUUAUCUUUGCGAGUCGGUGGUAAAAUAUCCUCUGUGUCCUUCUCUUUUCUUUUCUUUCGUCAUUAAUGAUACAACAAAGAUGUAAAAAGAAUAUUUUGUAAGAUGGUUUGUACAGAAGAGGAGAUUCUUUAAAUCGCACCAGCCUCAUGUGGUUGAAGUGAUAUCGCACGUGUGGAUGCAUUUACAGUAGAUGUAGAGUGUUGUCAUGGUGACGGAGGAACGGAGCUGGAGGCAUGAGGCCAGCCUGUCAGACUUCUUGCUGUGGGGUAUCUGGAGGUUCAAAGGUCACAGGGUCCGCGAUGUGAUACAAGUUAUUGACCUUUGACUCUCACUCCAUCCAUUCGAAGCCUCCGGCGUAUUUGUCCCCGCGGAUCCCUGCAAGAUGACGACGGACGAGUCCGUCUGACUGCGCAGCAGGACGUCUGGCCAGGUGACUGGCGGAUCCUUAAAUAAACGUCUCCUCUCAUCACCUGACAACAACAUAACUAAUAAACUAAAGCCGAACAAAGUUAAUUCUACUAAUUCAUCCAGAAAUGAUAGAUGGAGAAAUGCAGUGAUGAAAAUUCUACUUGUGCAGGAAAUAAUUUCAUGGACUUUAAUAAACAGAAGGAUUUAAAUUUCCCUUUUUCAUCCUUUUUUUUCUCCUUAACCAAUCAGCAAUAAUUCAUUUUCCAGGUAACCUGUAUGCAGGUUGUGUCACGCAAAACUGUUUCUGAUAUUGCCAGUUGAAUAUUUUGAAUAUGUUUCAACCAAAACCAAAAAAUGUGUCAUGUUUUUCGACUACACACACACACACACACACACACGCACACACGCACACGUCAUUUAAUGAAAAACGCCAUGCACUGAUUUGUUUUUGAUGAAAUAUCAUGAAGAGAGAAUAUUCUAUAAAAAUUUUAAAUUCUACUACAAAGACAUUGCUUCAGAUGGAACCAAAAAUCUAUGUUUCAGAUGUCUUAGAUGAUGGUGAUGACUGUAAUAUUGAUGAUGAUGAUGAUGAGUUUAAUAAAACAUGAUCAUGAUGCUUGGCAGUGGGAGGAUUCCCCCUAGUGGAACAGAUUUAUUUAUGUAUAUUUAUGUGAUAAAGUUGAAAACAACAACUUGUAAUCUUUGAUUGUGACAAGUAGUUUUCCGUGUGCUAAAUUAUGCAGCACAAAAUAAUAUUUCCUAAAAAUCUGUUUACUGUGAUAUCGUAGAACGUUUUUUGGAACGACAAGAUGAAAACGUAUAUUUUGUAAAUAAAUGUCUGUAUAUUUCUGA